AUGCCCUUUUACCGCACUUUUACCGCACUUUUACCGCACUCCCCCUGCUAUCCCAAACUUCCGGUUUCCAGUGCCGCAGCUCCCCCAGUGGCAUAUGCAGCUAUUAAACUUCAGGAGCUCUCCAUUAAAAUGACACAACCCACACGAUUUUCAUUUGUGGAUGCCACGCUAUGGCAGAACAGGCAAAGGCCGUUAACUUACACACUAUCUCGAUAUUACGAUUUCAGCAACAUUAGCAUUGGGCAUGUAUUGCCCACCGAGCAGAGGCGAACGGAAAUAACACCAACCCGCCAUCUAAUUCGCCUUACGCAGCUCAUGGCUCUAUACAGCCAGAUACAAACCGGUUCAAAGUUAUUAUCAGACUCUUUUGGCGGAGCAAGUCUGCUCACCUUAGCCCAUGCCGAGCAGCAGAAACCCUUUUGGGAAGCUCAAGUCCAACGGGCCCAGCUAGGUGCAUCCGUAUUUGCAUCGCUUCAUAGAGCCGUUGCAAAGUCAGAUGCUGGUGGCCCUAUAGUUGAAGCACAGAUUACUGGAGCGGUAAAACUUAGAAGUUUCAUCGACAGGUUCAGAGAUGCCGUUGGGAAACGGUCAACCGUUGCAACAGCUUAUGAUUCAUCCGCAUGUUAAGAUGGCUAUUGGAUAGGGCCUAUUGUUAACCGAUGACGCAAAAAUCCUAAACUCACCUGGGUGUGUGCUGGAGUAAACUUUAUGAGGACAGGAAACCCUAGAUGUUUCAUCGACAGGCUCAGAGAUGCUGUUGGCAAACGGGUGACUGUUACCACCGUUUAUGGUUCGUCCGCAUGCCAACUUGUUCACUGAUGAUGCGAAAAAGUCCUGAACUCACUUGCAUGUGUGCCAGAGUAAACUUACUAGAAUUAGGUUUAUAAGGACAGGAAACCUGGAAGUGUCACCUACAGGCUCAGAGGUGCUUUUGGGAACUGGCCAACUGCUGCCAGGGAAUAUAGUUCGCCCGCAUGCCAGGAUGACCGUUGGAAACACCCCCGUGUUCACUGAUGGCACAAAAAAGUCAUGAAAUCACUUGGGGCAUGUGCUAAAGUAAACCUAUUGGAACUAGGUUUUAAAUUUUGCUUUAUCUUCAAAAGUUAUGGGAUAUGCACCAGAAAAGUAGCGAUUAAACCGUCGACGUGUGUGUGUGUUUGUGUAUGUGUGUGGAUCAUAGUACCUACACGCUGGCAGCCUCCUUGGAUUACUCACCUCAUCAGUGCUCCGCGAAGAGGAUAAUGAACAUACCUUCUCUAUAAAAAGUGCAACGUCCGCUUAUAGCACUUUGACGUUAAUAAAAUCCGUUGAGAACUUCAUCUUGCC